AUGAGUGGGGAUUUUUUUGUUUUUUUUUCUAUCUCCUUGCCAUAUCUGAAGGAUGUUUCAUCCACAUUCUUCACCAAUCUGUCAAAUUCCUCUCCUUUGCCAGCUAGACAACAUCAUGUGCUCUUGUUUUUAAUAUUUUUUUCUUUUCUCUCUCCAGACACGCCACCUUUUGAAAUCAUCAUGGCUCAGAAAAUGAACUAUGAAGACCUUCCUAUUGAUAUCCAUUACAAUAAACUAACUGAAUGGUUAAUAAGCCGGCGCCAUUGCCAACAAAAUUGGCCUGCCUCUGCUUUGGCUGUCCGAGAUAAAAUUAAUGGGGCAAUUAAAAAAUUGCCUGACCAUGAAGAAGUUACUAAAAUCAUCCAAGGUUCAAAAGUGAAUUACGUCCAUGUAAAGAAAAUUGUUGAAUUUCUCUCCAAAGAUACUGAGUCUGGAAAAAAAAAUUUAUUUGGCCAAUAUGCAAAUGAAAUGACAAAGGAAUGGUCAGAUAUUUUGAAAUUGUAUGAAAAGGAUAAUGUUUAUCUAAUUGAAUCAGCACAGAUCAUGGGUCGCAAUGUUAACUAUGAAAUUCCAGCUUUGAAACGGCAAAUAACUCGAUGUCAACAAAUUGAAAAGGAUUGUCAGAAGAGGGAGGAAGAUUAUGUAACCAAAGCAGCAGAUCUUCGACGUAAAUACGAGAACGCCUGCAAAAGGCUUGGAAUUGAGGGUAAAAAGGUGAAAGCAGAAUUGUAUGCCCAGGUUCAUGAAUUACCAGAACUUCUGGAUUCUCUUUGUAGACAUGUCAUUGCGGUUGAAGAAGCCAGUAUCUAUUAUGGCGACUUUGUCAACUUUCUCAUGCAAAAUGAGAAUCUGGAUAAAGACUGUGUGCCAUUGAUUAAAUACAUCAUAAAGAAUGGAAACACAACUGUGUAUGAAUGGAGGACUGGAAAGAAACCCAUCAGUAUAAUAGACACUGACCUAAUCAGAAAUGAAGAAGAAGCUAAUGAAAAUAACAUAACAGAGAAUCAAAGUAUCAAUUGGGAUGCUGCAGAGGAAAUAGAUUUUGGUGAUGUUGAAUUUGACAUGUCACAGAUAACCUUGGAGUCUGCAGGUGGCAAGGAUGAUGAAGCUGCAAUAGAUUGGGGUGAUGGGGAAGAAAACAAACCAUCUGAGGAGACAAGCGAUGAAGGUGAAGACAACUUCCAUUUAAUCUCUCUCUCUCUCUUUUUUCUCUCUCUUGUUUAUUCUCUCUCUCCUCUUUUUCUCUCUUGCUCUUUUUCUCUCUUUCUCUCUCUUCUUUUUCUCUUUCUCUCUUUCCUCUUUCUCUCCUCUUUCUCUCUCUCUCUCUCCUCUUUCUCUUUUUCUCUCUCUCUCUCUCCUCUUUCUCUUUUUCUCUCUCUCUCUCUCCUCUUUGUCUUUUUCUCUCUCUCUCCUCUUUGUCUUUUCUCUCUCUCUCCUCUUUCUCUUUUUCUCUCUCUCUCUCUCUCUCCUCUUUGUCUUUUUCUCUCUCUCUCUCCUCUUUGUCUUUUCUCUCUCUCUCUCCUCUUUGUCUUUUCUCUCUCUCUCUCCUCUUUGUCUUUUCUCUCUCUCUCUCCUCUUUGUCUUUUUCUCUCUCUCUCUCCCUUUCUCUCUCUCCUUUCUCUCUCUCUCCUUUUUUCUCUCUCUCCUUUUCUCUCUCUCCUUUUCUCUCUCUCCUUUUCUCUCUCUCCUUUUUCUCUCUCUCUCCUCUUUCUCUCUCUCUCUCUCUCUCUCUCCUCUUUCUCUUUACUCUCUCUCUCUCCUCUUUCUCUUUCUCUCUUUCUCUCUCUCCUCUUUCUCUUUCUCUUUUCUCUCUCUCCUCUUUCUCUUUUCUCUUUUCUCUCUCUCUCCUCUUUCUCUUUCUCUUUUUCUCUCUCUCUCCUCUUUCUCUUUCUCUUUUUCUCUCUCUCUCCUCUUUCUCUUUCUCUUUUUCUCUCUCUCUCCUCUUUCUCUUUUUUAGUAAAAGAACUUUACAAUAUACUUUUUAUUAUAAGAAUUUCAUUGUACCAAAUGUUUGUAUUUACAGAUGAUGGAAUUGCUAGAGGAGAUGAUGCUCUGACUUUGUUAGAAUCGGUACAGACAAGGAAUUUGCUGAUGGAAGAUUUAAUGGAGCUGGAGUUUUUCCUGACGCAACGUCUGUUUGAGAUUGAGGCACCUUCCAAUUCCCUUAGCACCUAUCAAUUCCAUAAUGCUCCUGAUAGCAUUCUGCGUACAUCUUCAGAAGUGUGUACUUUGGCUAACACUGUACAGGCAGCAUGGCAGCUGCUCAACUCUGACAGAAUGAAACAUUUGUUACAGCUUAAACGUUCACCAAAAUAUGUUGAUCGCUUAGAGGACAGUCUGCGUCAGAACCUGACUCAGGCCGACAAAAUGGUUUUUCGAGAGAAAGAGAUGAUUUUAAGAAAGCAACAAGCUUUCGCAGAAGAGGAAGAAAUAGCUCCCAAAUUGGAGGUGUUCAAACAAGAUACAUUAGCUCUGAAAAAACAGGUGGAAAGUGAAAUCUCACAAAAGUACAACAACAGAAUCGUAAACAUCAUGGGGGAAAUCAAUACCAUCUGA